AUGCCAUCUGGAUAUCGACACACACGAGAGGAUGUUGUUUAUGAAGAAGAUCAAUAUGAACUGACUGAGGAUGGUCGAAUACCUAUACCCUACCGCAAAACAGCCAAAUAUCAGGAUGGCAAUACUAUUGACUGGCUUCAUGAAGAAGGCUUGGAACGAGAACGCAAUCAUGCUCUACAGUCUCAGGCUGGUGUCCGUGGCAUCCUUCUACCAGCUCUAGACUCUGCACGAAUGUGGUUUAUUGUUGUCGUGACUGGAAUAGGGAUCGGUAUUGCAGGAGCUUGGCUUGAUGUCCUUGUUAAAUGGCUGAGCGAUCUGCGUGAAGGACAUUCCGGGGAGCUAUGCAAAGCUUGGAAGACAUGGGGGGAUUAUCUUGGAAUAGAUUCAAUCCUUGGACGUUCUCUAAUACAGGCGUUUAUAUACGUCGUUUUAGCAAUUACAUUCGCAGGCGGUGCAGCUUUACUUGUAGUCAAUUAUGCGCCUCACGCUUUUCAUACCGGAAUUCCAGAAAUUAAAGCUAUUUUGGGCGGAUACGUAUUCGAUGCUUUUCUGAGUCCUUGGACACUCUUCAUCAAGGCACUUGGGCUUGCCCUUUCUGUCGCGUCUGGUCUUUCUCUAGGAAAAGAGGGACCGUUGGUGCACGUUGCUUGUUGCAUGGCAUACGUCUUGAUUAAAUUGUUCAAGGAAUUUCGCCACAACGAAGCCCAAAAACGCCGCGUACUAGCAGCAGCAGCAGCAGCCGGUGUAUCCGUUGCUUUUGGUAGCCCUCUGGGUGGUGUGCUAUUUGGUUUAGAAGAACUCGACACAUUCGCAAACGAGUCAGAUGUCAUGUGGAGAGGAUUUGUUGCGUCAGCCAUCGCCGCCGUUUCUUUACAAUGGGUAAACCCCUUUGGUACAUCAAAGCUUGUCCUUUUUCAGGUCACAUUUGUGUCUGACAGCUGGAGGGCUUUUGAAUUGAUUCCUUGGGUCACUCUUGGUGGUAUUCUAGGCACUCUUCUUAUACGUCUCAAUGUUGAAAUUGCAUUGUAUCGACGGAAUAGUGUCCUGAACGACUGGCCUGUAUUAGAAGUUGUGUGUGCUACGUCUGUAACUGCUGCUGUCAGCUACCUGAUUGUUUUUGCCAGGGUUCAAACAUCCGAGUUAGUUGCAAAUCUUUUCCAAGAGUGCGAUGCUAGUAAAGACUAUCAUGGACUAUGCAAUCCUACUGCCACCGUCGAGAACAUAUUUCUGUUGUGCUUAACCGCCAUUCUCAAAGUUGUUCUGACCGCUUGGACUUUUGGCAUGAUGAUACCAGCUGGAAUCUUUUUACCUACCAUCGGAAUAGGUGCAUGUUUAGGUCGUGCAAUGGGACUGAUUAUGCAAAGUCUGUAUCGGGCAUACCCAACAGCUUGGAUUUUUUUGUCCUGUCCUCCGGACCCUUCAGUGGGAUGUAUCUCUCCUGGAUUCUAUGCCGUCAUUGGUGCCUCAGCAAUGCUUGGUGGGGUGACUAGAAUGACAAUAUCUCUGGUAGUCAUCUUGUUUGAGUUGACAGGCGCAUUAUCUCACGUCCUUCCUAUAAUGAUCUGCGUCAUGACAUCCAAAUGGGUGGGGGAUGCUUUAGGCAAGGACGGCAUAUAUUCCGCAUGGAUUGCAAUGCGUCGUUACCCAUGGCUACCUCCAGUUGAUUAUCGCGAUAAAGGAGAAACAGGCGCCAGCCUCAUGAAACCACUAGAAGAAAUUAUCGUCAUUGAGGAUGCCGUCACGACUGUUGGCGAGUUGAAAGAAAUUCUAGCCCGAUAUCAUUAUCACGGAUUCCCUAUCGCAGAUAGUCAUGGAGGAUUUGUGGGUUACGCCACAAGGCAGGAGUUGAUUGGUGCUCUCGAUCGCCUUCAGCUUGACGAAACAGAAGCUGAAAGGCAGAAGAAGUGCACGUUUUCAAAAAAUCGUCUGCGCGUUCCCGCCGAAGAAAGAGCAGAUUUAUCAGAAGCGCUUGAAGAUUCUGUUAUACAGCUUCGAAAAGAGGUUCCCCAGGAGCUGGUGGUGAAUAUGUUCCAGAAGCUUAACCUUCGCCAAAUCCUAUUUACGCAUGCGGGAAAACUAACAGGACUGGUAACUAAACGAGACGUUGUCAAUUUGUUAACAAGUCAUUUCCCUCAUGCCGCUGCCCUAGCCCAGCAACCGCCUACAAAGUCACAGCAUUCAUAUUCCUAA